CAAAAAGUAAAAUGGCGACCUACAUCCUUCGCCGAAUGCAUUAUCAAAAACUGCAAAAAUUCUACGUUGUUUUGAAUAGUCAACAGAGUUCCUUACUUGGGAGGGAUGUUGUGACACCAGUUUGUUCCUCCCUAAGACUUUACUCAAAGAAUUCUUCAUCUGACAAUCCACCAGCAUCCUCUACCACAGAAGACAAAAAAAAUGUGGCCAAGAAGACAAUUCUGCUUCCUAAGACCUCGGCUCAUGCUCUUUCUCAACAGAGUGAUCAAAUAACCAAAAAAACUAGUGCAGUUCUUCAACUGGACCCAGAGGAAGCUGAGGGAGAAAAAGUCCCAGUCCUCAUCACAGGUGCCAGUCUGGAGAACAUUAAACAAGCCAUGUUUGAGAUAGAGAGAGUCUUACAAAAACACAUAGAGAAAACAAAAGAGAAUCUUCCAGUUUUGGACAGGCCAGAGGAGUUACUCUUCAUUCCCAAGGAAUGUGCAGAUCAACUAACUGCAAGAAGUAGUUCUUUGUUGAGAGAAAUACAGAAUGAGACUGCCUCACAAAUCAAGGUCAGGCAUGACAUGGAAAAUGAACAUGGAAUUCUUGUAACUGUAUCUGCUGCGGAAGAGGAACAUCUCAAAGAAGCAAUGGAAAAAAUACAGAGCCUUAUUGCAAAUAAUUUAAGUGAGAGUGAGGAAAUGACUGUGAGUCAACAGGAGGGACGUAUUAUCAUGGGGAGAAAGGGCUUACACAGACGAGAUCUGGAAAAUGCGACAGGGACAAAGAUAUCUGUGAGGUUUAAUAAUUCCCGUCAGGAAGCUUUGGUAACUAUACAGGCCAAAAAUCUGCAGGAACUGGAGACAGCUAAAGAAAAGAUACAAAAAGUUAUGGAAAGGAGCAAGUACCCUAAAAGGAAAAUCAAUCUAACUUCAAAUGAGAAGUUCAGGUUAAUUGGUAAAGAUGGAAACAAUAUAAGAAGGAUCAGAGAAAAUCUCAAACAGAUGAAUGCUGGUAUACUUGAAGGAAAAGAAUGGUUGGUUGAGGCAGAAGAUGAAGAAAAUCUGGAUAAAGCUAUGGAAGUUAUAAAUAAAGAAUUGGAGAAACUAAGAAUUAUAACCAAGACAAUAAAAGUAUCUGAUGAAGAAGCUGGAUCUGUGAUAGGGAAGGGAGGGGAAAAUAUCAAACAAAUUCAACAGAAAUUACAGGAGAUGGGGUCAGAAGUUAGGAUCAGUAUACCAAAACAUGUCACUCCAAAGUGUUUUGUCAUAGAGUCUACAAAUAAGGAGGAUGUGGACAGUGCUGUUGCUAUGAUUAAAGAAAGAUUGGAAAAAAUAAGGAGUAUCCAAAAGAAAACUUUAGAAAUUUCACAGCAAGAAGCAAGAUAUUUGAUUGGUCCCCGAGGUGAACAAAUAGCCAGUAUAAGGGAACAGUUUGCAGAGAGAGGAAUAAAUAUAAAUAUCCCAAAGAAGAUGACGGGAGAAAAAACAAAUAUCCAGAUCAUAGGAUACAACGAAGAGGACAUCAAUGAAGUGGUUAACUUUGUGGAAGAAAAAAUAAAGACCAUGAAGUUGAGAAAACACCGAGAUACGUUCUCUGUAUCAUGGGAAGACCGAGGCCGACUGAUUGGUCAAGGUGGUGACAAAAUCAAGAAAAUACGGGACGAAUUAAAACAGAAAGGUGUAGAAGUCAUUUUACCCUCUCAAGCAUCGGAAGAUAAAUUAUUUGAGGUGCGAGUAUUUGGAGAGAGCAAAGAGAAAGUCCAAGAGGCCAUCACCAUGCUGGAGGAGACGAUACACGAAUUGAAACCAAGAACCCAACCACCACAAAGAAAGACUCUGACAUUAUCCUGGGAAGAACGGGGCAAACUGCUUGGCAAAGGUGGUGAAAAUUUUGCAAGGAUACAGAAAACACUGAAUGAGAAAGGCAUAGGCAUGAAGUUACCCCCAAAAGCAAAUAAAGAUGGAUCAUCAAACCUAGAAUUGGUUGGUGAGAACAAAGAACUGGUUCAGGAGGCUGUUGCUAUGAUUGAAGAAGAAUUGAGGUUGGGAGAAUCAAGAAGGAUCCUGUUAAUAACUUAUGCAGAAAGAGGCAAACUAAUAGGCCCUGGGGGUGAACAUGUCAAAAGAAUGAGGGAAAGUCUGGAAGAGAAAGGAAUAUCCAUCAGAAUUCUAGAACAAGAAGACCACAAAACUUGUAGAGUUGUUAUUACUGCACAGAAUGCAGAAGACUUGGAGGAAACCACUGCAAUGAUUUAUCAGGAGCUGGGACUUAAUAGGUCUGUCAAGAGAGUUGACAUCUCCCGAGAUGCAGCCCUUAGUCUCAUAAUGGGGAAAAAGAGGGAAUUACAAAAUCAGUUUGGAGAUAAACUUGAGCUUCAAUUACACAUUGAUAAUCACAAACUAUUUGAAGUUGACGAGAAAGGCACAGCACUUGUAUCAAUAGAAUGUGAAGAUUCAGAAAUUACACAGAAAGUUUCAAAUGAGAUUGAGAAACUAAAGAAUGAAACUUGGACGCCAUACAAAGUAAACAUCCAGUAUAAAGAUUCUACACAAAGGACAGGAGAUAUGGAACAGAUCCUCCGGGAUGUUUUGGAUAUGACCAACUGUUUCUACUAUAAACCAGAAAAAGGUGGAAAAGAGGUGAUCUUAUUUGUCAGAAAUGAGGAGGAUUAUGAGUUAGCACUAGCUAGGAUCAAAGAACAUGCAAAAUUGAAGAUAACCGAAAGCUCUGAAGUCCCUUGGAGAAUAGAUAUUUCCCGAGAUGCUGUUGUUGGACUGUUGAUGGGAAAAAGAAGAGACUUUGAGAACAAGUUUGGGGACUGUGUGAAGCUAAGGUUACCCCUAGAUCAUCAGGCGUCAUUAGAGUAUACAGACCCACAGAUUGCAGAGGAGCUUCUAGCUGAGAUUCAAGAACUGAAUAAAACAAAAUGGUUGCCACACACUAUAAAUGUGGAAGAUGAGGUUGCAAAACAUAUAAUUGGAGUAAGAAGUCAAAACAUCAGUGAUAUCAUUGAAAAGACAAACUGUUACCUAAGUUUUAAGGAAGCUGAGGAUGGUAGAGAUCUGACCAUUUACGCUAGAAAUGAGGAAGACUUCAAGGCGGCCAUGGCCAGGAUCAAUGAAUUUAUAGAACACAAGACAGAUACAAGAUCCACCAAGAAAAUAAAGAUUUCCAGAGAUGCUUACCUGGGCCUGAUUACGGGGAAAAGAAGAGAGUUGGAAACCAAGUUUGAGAAUCAGUUGAAGCUGAAGCUGAGUGUUGGUGAUUUUGACAUUUUUCACAAUCAAGAGGCAAUUUUGUCUGCCACAGCAUCAAUAGAAUGUGAAGACCCCGAGACCAUCAAGGAGAUCGAGGCCGAGAUUGAAGAACUGAAUAAAAUAAAAUGGCUACAUCAGACCAUGAAAGUUGGAAAUGAACUGGCACAGAAGGUCAUUGGACAUAAAGGUGAAACUGUCAAAGAUAUCAUGGAAAAGACAAAUUGUUUCCUGAAUUUUAAGCCUAAAUUGGAUGGAGAAGAAUUAGUCAUAUAUGGCAGAAAUGAAGAAGACAUCAACUCAGCCUUAGCCAUGGUCAACAAAUUUAAAAAGCAACUACCAUCAAUGAAAAGAUUACAGAUUUCUAGAAAUGCUGUCCUUGAUCUGUUAACGGGAAAAAGAGAAGAACUGGAAAAUAAGUUUGGAAAUCAGGUGAAACUGGUCAUCCGGAGCGGAUUAUUUUACGGAGGUAAGGACUCCAUACCUGUGACAAUAGACUGUAAGGAUUCGGAGAUUUUGGAGGAGGUGAAAGCUGAGAUUGAAGAACUGGGUGGAACAAAUUGGCUAGAGCACAAAAUGAUUAUGCAACAAGAAGUUGUAAAAAGAGUGGUUGGAUUUAGAGGCCAAAAUAUUAAAGAAAUUAUGCAACAGACAAAUUGUUACAUGUAUUUUACCCCUACUCAGGAUGGUGAAGAGCUUUCCAUAUCAGGGAGAACUGAGGAAGAUGUCGAGUCAGCCAUCGCUAAGGUCAAUGAAUAUUCAAAGUACAGCUUCACGCCUGAGAGGAUAGGAGAAGUGAGAGUCCCAAAACAGAUGCCACAAUUCAAAGAUGAAGAUGAGGAGUUAUUGUAUCGCAUCGAAGAAGCACUGGACAAACGGGAAAUUCAGAUAACCCAAAAACCUAAUAUUCCGGAGGACUUCAGUUUUUCUAAAGUUGAGCCAUUAAAGAUUUGGUCAAAGGAAGAUUUGAAGAAGCCAGAACCACAAGACCCUACAGAUAACCUUUGGUAUCAGCUGGAGAGAGAAGAACAUGAGAGACUGGUUAACAAUAGAGUUCCUUAUAACGGGUUCGAGGAGAUGAUCAAACUGACCAGGGAAGGCAAGAUGUGGCACUAUCCCAUUGAUAAUGAACAGGGAAUAGAGGAAGAAAAGGACGUGUCCUUUGCUGAUCAUGUGUUCAAUAGUUAA